AUGGGCUUCACCGACCUCCUUUCCGAUGCCGGUCUUACCGUGCUCAACAACUGGCUCCUUACCCGCUCCUACAUCACCGGGUAUGCUUUCACUGACCUCGUUCACCCCCCUCGCAGCUACUCUGCCUCGCAGGCCGAUGUCGUCGUCUUCAAGGCCCUGAGCGCCAACCCCGACGCCGCCAAGUACCCCAACGCGGCCCGCUGGUACAAGCACAUUGCCUCGUACGAGGACGACUUCGCCACCCUGCCCGGCGACGCCAGCAAGCCCUACACCGUCUACGGGCCUGAGGUCGCCGAGGUUACCCUGAACCCGGCCAAGGCCCCCGAAGUCGCCGCCGCCCCGACCGCUGAGGAGGAAGAGGACGUCGACCUCUUCGGCAGUGACGACGAGGAGGAGGACGCCGAGGCCGCCCGCAUCCGCGAGGAGCGCCUCGCCGAGUACCGAAAGAAGAAGGAGGCCAAGCCCAAGGUCGCCGCCAAGUCGAUCGUCACUCUUGAUGUCAAGCCUUGGGAUGACGAGACCGACAUGGUUGGCCUCGAGGCCGCAGUCCGCGGCAUUGAGAAGGACGGCUUGGUCUGGGGUGCUUCCAAGCUGAUACCCGUCGGCUUCGGUAUCAAGAAGUUGCAGAUCAACCUUGUCGUCGAGGACGAGAAGAUCUCGCUCGACGAGCUCCAGGAGCAGAUCCAGGACUUCGAGGACUACGUCCAGUCCACGGAUAUUGCCGCCAUGCAGAAGCUUUAA